CCAAACAAAAUCCUCUGUUGACAUUGACAGGUUGUCAAUUUCCUCUAAAAGUUCAAAUCAAUAAUUUUAGUUUGUUUGUAUGCUCUUUGAUUUGAUCACAUUUCAGUUAUACUUAUCUUCAACCUGCAUAUCAGAAUUAAUAAGAGUAUUAGAAAGAAUGGAAUACAUGGCGCAAAAUACGCACUAUGUUGAAGACAUAAAAGAUUUGUUUGAAUUUUCAGGCAGCUUACAAAACUUGUUGCAAUUUAACACAACACUUACACAAUCAGUUAAAUCGGAAUUAAUUGAUGUUGAAAUUUUAGACGAAAUAAAACAUAUUACAAAUUACGAAAACACAGCUGUAUAUUUUGGUAAAACUUUACGAGACAUAAAAAUUGUUAUAGAGGAUGAUGAACUAAGGAAGCAUGAAAUUUAUUUGGAAUAUAAAGCUCCCAAAAAGUUAAUUAUUACUAAUCUUCAGUUACCUUCUUCUAUUAAACUUAAUCGUGAAUAUAGUGGUAUCAAAGAUAUAUUAGACACAGUCAAACAAAAUAUCAAUGACUUGGCUAGAUAUUUCUUCGAGUUAGAAAACAUAGAUCAACUCUGUAGUGUAAUGGAGCCUAUAAAUGGUUCAUUCAAAGAUGAUUAUAGAAGGAUAUUUCUCGAUGACAGGACUUGGCUGCAUGUUGAGGUGACUCCAGAAGGUGUAGCAACCAACAUUCAUUUGAUUGGGCAAUCUAUGCAUUGGCACAACAAACUACAAUCAGGAUUACUAAAUUGGGAUCAUGAUAAAAGUAUUGUUGACAAUAUAAUGAUAACAUUUGAUUUGUUUCAGUUCCCUCAACCUACAUUCAAACAUGGUGCACCACUAGGUAUGGACACUGAAGAUACCAUGGAGAAUCCAAUUGUUUGUGGCAUUUGUUUGUGCACAGAAUUGCCAGGCAGCCCUGGUGUGCCACAGCCUCUAUGUCAGAAUAUAUCCUGCGGGGUUUAUUACCACAGAACUUGUCUGUAUCAGUGGUUAGUUGCAUGUUCUGGCAGUCGGCCGCCCGCUUUUGGUGUUGCAAAUGGAAGCUGUCCUACCUGUCUUCAAUCUAUAGCAUGCAGUGAAAAAGAUAAUUGAACUUGUUAAUUAUUUUUAAGUUGAAUCUGUGAUAAAGCAUUAAAACUGAUAUGCGAAAUAUGCAGUUUCAAUUGAUAAUUAAUAUACUACACAAUAUUAAAAGUAGGUAUAGAUACUUCUAUACAUUUAUACGCUCGUGACUAUUGCCAAAGGAUUAGUAAGCUGAAGUGGCAGUGGGCCAGUUACAUUUGUUGAAGAAUAUCAAUUCUUCGACAAAGUGUGUGGGUAAAAAAGUUCUAGAGUGGAGACUGCGUCUAGGUUAACGUAGUGUAGGGCGCCCUCCAGCUA